AUGUUCCUUCUAAAAUUGCUCUCGCAUCUCUUUCUUGCAAAAGAACAGUGCUCGGUUCUUCUCUCGGAAAAGCCUGGCCUCCAGUACUCGACCAUCGACAGUGACCUCGCUUUUGACGCCAAGAACUCCUCAGAAUCCCUCCGUCACGAGUUUGUUCCCAAGCCAGAGCUUCUGUCACCUUCAAGUACUCACUCACAGAACGCCAAACCGCGCGCCACAUACGAUGGAGGGUUUCCUGAAUCGAAGCUACGCGGUGUAUGUUUGCGUAUCGCGAACGGUGGAGCUGGGCAGACGGGCUUGCUUCGCGCUUGGGCUGACGCUUUCAUUCAAGAUAUGGUCAAGGAAGGCUCUCAACCCUUUGAGGUUGCGUGGUACUUGGGCGACACGACUGAAUCCCUUUCCAUGUUGGCUGCUGGCAUCGUUGACGUUGCUCUCACUUAUAAUGCAGCGGCUGAGAAGCAAGCCAUUGUUUCUGGAUACGCCCUUGAUCGGGUGUACGCCUUGCGGGAUCAUUUUAUGCUAGUGGGACCAUUGGCAAAUCCGGCAAAGUUGGACGAUGAAGACGACAUCUUGACCAUGUUCAAUAAGAUUGUCGCUGCAGGUGACGCAGAUGCGCUCACACCCCCGGAUCUUAAUGAACGCCUCGCAACUCGCUUCCUUUCUAGAUUCGAUAAGAGUGCGACGAACAUCAAGGAGAGCCAAAUCUUCGCGACGAUCGGACAAGUGCCAUGGGCGUACGACUAUUCAAAGUGGUAUCACCAAUAUCCAAGGUUUCCUCAAGAGGCCCUUCAAGCUGCGUCUUUCCUCUCCGAGUACACUCUCAUCGACCAGGGCACUUGGCUAUCGGCUCCAAAUUCAAUACGAGCUCGACUGAGGAUCUUUAAAUUAGGAUCAGACAAUGCAGCGGACCUACUCUUGAACCCUGGUCACGUCCUUUACGGCACGAAAGCAUUGGAUCACGAAGGCAUCUGCAGGGCCUUCAUGGACUGGGUGGCCUCUUCGACCGGAGGUCAGAAGAUACUUGAGAGCUUCUCGAAGAGUGGCCACGUCAUGUAUUCAAAAGCCCCUUGA